CAAAAGGUGAAAACUUUGGGAAGCAGCUCAAAUACUGUGUUCUUUGUUUUGUUCAAAUCGAAAACUCGAAAAAAAAAAAAAAAAAAGAGCUUAAGAUCUUGCGAUGGCGGAAGAACACAAGCACGAUGAAUCUGUGAUCGCUCCUGAGCCAGCUGUUGAGGUUGUGGAGAGGGAAUCGUUGAUGGACAAGAUAUCUGAGAAGAUCCACGGCGGUGAUUCUUCUUCUUCAUCUUCAUCGUCUGAUGAUGACGACGAUAAGAAGAAGAAGAAGAAGAAGCCGUCUUCUCCUUCGUCUAUGCAAUCGAAAGUUUACCGCUUGUUCGGUAGGGAGAAGCCUGUGCAUAAGGUUCUCGGUGGUGGGAAGCCGGCUGAUAUAUUCAUGUGGAAGAACAAGAAGAUGUCUGGUGGUGUACUUGGUGCUGCUACAGCCGCAUGGGUUUUGUUUGAAUUGAUGGAGUACCAUCUUCUCACUCUACUCUGCCACGUGAUGAUUGUUGUUCUUGCUGUACUGUUUCUGUGGUCUAAUGCCACCAUGUUCAUUAACAAGUCCCCACCAAAGAUUCCUGAAGUUCAUAUCCCUGAAGAGCCUAUUCUUCAACUUGCAUCUGGGCUCAGAAUUGAGAUCAACCGUGGAUUCUCUUCUCUCCGUGAAAUUGCAUCUGGAAGGGAUCUCAAGAAGUUCCUCAUUGCUAUUGCUGGGUUAUGGGUUCUCUCAAUCUUGGGUGGCUGCUUUAACUUCUUGACAUUGGCAUACAUAGCUCUUGUACUGCUCUUCACGGUUCCUCUUGCCUAUGACAAGUAUGAAGACAAAGUUGACCCAUUAGGUGAGAAAGCGGUGAUUGAACUCAAGAAGCAGUAUGCAGUGUUGGAUGAGAAGGUGUUGAGCAAGAUCCCUCUCGGCCCCUUGAAGAACAAGAAGAAAGAUUAGGUUUACACAAAGGUUGCCCGUGGCUAGCAAAGGGGUGUUGUGAAAUGAUAUCGAAGUUUUAUGUGUUUUGGUCGGUUUUUUAGGCGACUCUUUUAUGUGAAUGAACAUGGGAUUUCCUUGACUGCUUUGUUUUUGUUGUUUAUGUCAUUGUUGAUCAGCGUCGAGGGAUAUAAGUAGUGAUGUUUCUCUCUUUAAGCCUCUAUAUAACUAAGAAUUUCACGAUAUUUGAAUUUUGCAAUCUUGUGUUGUUUACUGUUUUUGUUUA